AUGCCUCGCACAAGGAACUUGGAACAAAGCCACCAGGGAUCUGCUAGAGAGGAGAAGAGCAUUGAAGCUGGAUCCGACUGCAUCACAUCUCGAGCGACUGGUAGCCAAUACCAGUUGCAGAACAGCUUUGCAAGAAGACCUCCGAACAAGCAAUCGGAACUUUUAGAAGCAGCACAAGAAAGGAUAAGUCUUGGGAAGUACCGCAGGGACCUUUUCGACUAUAGUAAUCCGCUGACAACAUUAAUAAACGAAGACGGGACUCUCACAUCUUCCCAACAAAAGAUAGAAUCGAUUACGAUUUCAUCAAUGUCUUUCGCUCGUCAACACCCUUGUCAAAACAGUCAUUCCCAUUGGAGAAAUAUCACCACGGGUUCUACUUGCUGA